AUGGCGCUGCAUCGGGCACGCGCGCAGGGCAAGGCCGUCGUCGGCGUAGCUGCCGGGCGCUACCAUUCGGUCGCGCUGACCUCGGACGGCCGCGUGUACUCCUGGGGCCUCAACGACUGGGGCCAGCUGGGGCGACGCGCUGAGCUGGCGGCGGAUGCAGGGGACGCCGGGAGCGGCGGCGCGGGCGGCGGCUGCACGCAAGGCGCGAGCUGCAGGUCUGGGCUGCCGGGCCUGGUGGAGCUGCCGGAAGGGGUGCGCAUUGUCGCCGUCUCCGCCGGCCGUUACAGCACCCAGGCUGUCGCCUCAGACGGCGCCCUCUGGGUCUGGGGCCUGGACGGCUGCGCGGCAGCUUCUGGCCAGCCGCCCCCCCGCGACCGCGCCGCUGCCCCCAGGGGCGUCGGCGGCACGCUCGCCGGGCACGCGGUGGCGGCCGUCUCGACGGGCUACGUGUUUUGGGCCGCGGUGACGAGGGAGGGGCGCGUGUUCACGUGCGCCACGGGGGACGACGGUUACGCAGGCACCCUGCCAGACCGCCGCGCGCCCAACGCGGCGGGCGAGCUCGGGCGCGGAGGGGAGCCGCACGCGCCUGGCGAGGUGGACGGCAUCCACGGGCGCGCAGUGGCAGUCGCGGCGGGGCGCGAGCAUGCGCUCGUGGCGACAGACCGCGGAGAGGUUUACAGCUGGGGCGGCGGCGGGCGUGCGGGCGGCGCGGCCGGGCGCGGCGGGCGGCACGACGUGCCGGGACUGGUCAGGGGGGAGCUGGCGGGCCGGCCCGUGCAGCUGGUGGCUGCGGGGGAGUACCACUCCUUGGCGGCGACCGCGGACGCCGUUUUCGGCUUCGGCUCCAAUGCAUACGCCGCCACCGGCGCCGCCGCGCCGGGCGACGCGCCGGAUGCGAUCUCAGAGCCAAGACGUGUCCUCGGGGAGCUUGGCAGCGGCGGUUGGCAGAUCCUUGCCCUGUCAGCAGGAUACCAGCACUCGCUCGCGAUCGCGGCCGGGCCAGCGGGGUGGAUGCCGCGGCCUGACGGCACAGGGGCCGCAGCGGCAGCCGAGGGAGCAGGUGGCGACGCCAGCAUUGGCGACGGGUUGGGCGUACCAGGGGUCGAGGUAGUCUUGAGCAGCACCAGCAACAUGGCAAAUGUGGCGCCGGCUGCCGGCCUGCUGCAGCACCAGGGGCUUGAGCAUCAGGAGAGGCUUGAGCAGCAGCAGCAGCAGGUCAAGGAGAAGUCAUUGACAACCGGCGGCAGCACAGCUGCAUUACCAGCAGGAGCAGCAGCAGCAACAGAAGCAGCAGCAAAGGCGUCGGCAGUGGCAGCGAUCGCUGCAGCGGCAGCCUCUACCACGCCUUCGACCCAGCCCUCUGCGAUCGAGACCGCCGCCACCUCCUACCUUGCAGCCCAGGCCAGGCCUCCCCUGAACACUGCAGCAUCCUAUUGGUCGAGCUGGAAGCCAGGCCCAAGGUAUGAGAGUGUACGGCAGCUGUCGCCGGACGUUUUCAAACUGCUGCCGCGAGAGUUCAACCCAGACUACCGGAAUCCUUGCUGGGGUUCGGGGCCGGAUCUGGGGCCCCACUUCUGGGACGAGUGCCCGUACCCACCAGCAGGCCCCUGCGGCGUCGGCGGAAAAGGCGACUUUGAUUCCUAUGUCAAGCUCUUCUCCAUCGCGUCUGACAUCAUCAGGAGCCGGCCUGAUGCAGUCACCGGCGAGGCACGCAUUGCGUCCUCCAACACGUAUACCAGCGCCAACGGCGUCUACGCUCGCGGGCCGGCAGGUUCGCGCCCAGACGGCCUGGAGGUGACCAUGCCGCUGCUGCUGCGGGAGGCAGCCCCCUACCUGCGGCUCAUCCUGAUCCUGAGGGACCCCGGGGAGAGGCUGUACAGCGCCUACAACUACUACCGGCAAGUGCUUGGCAGUGUGUGUGUGUGUGUGUGGUGGCAGAAGGACCUGGCCCCCGCCAGCCCCCAGGACUUCCACAAUCAGACAGUCCGGGACAUUGCCGCCUGGCACGCCUGCGUGGGGGCGCGUGGGAAGCAGUCGUGCGUGCGGGGUUACCAGCCGCAGCAGCUCGUCAAGGGCAUGUACGGGGAGUUCUUGAAGGACUGGCUGGACCACUGGCCGCGCGAGCAGCUGCUGAUGAUUCGGUACGAGGACUACACAUUCGCCCUGGAGGCACACCUGCGGGCGGCGCUGGCGUUUCUUGGGGUGGCCGACCCUGACAGCAGCAGUGCGCUGGCCGCCAUGCUGGCGGCGCCCGUCCGCAACAAGUCUGGGGGCAAGCGGGCGCCUAUGCUGCCGGAGACGCGGCGGCUGCUGCGGGGGUUUUACGCGCCGUACAACGCGCGGCUGGCAGCGGCGUUGGGGGACGACAGGUGGCUGUGGCAGCCAGAUGCAUGA